AUGGAGGAAUCUUCAAAUUCUCGAUCGGAAUCUGAGAUUUCCAAAAAGUUUAGUUCUGAUAAUUCUUAUGUUCCUCUAAAUCUUAAUCCAUCGGUUUUCAUACCUGAUGAGAUUAUUGAUGAGAGUGUAAAUGAAUGGAGAUUUAGUUUGAUAGGAAGGCUUGAUUUUGUGAAAUUGAAGAUAUCAGUUGCAGAAACUUGUUUAAGGAAGCAAUGGAAUCUUAUUGGUAAAUGUCAGUUUAUCCCUAUUGGUAAAGGUUUCUUUAUUAUCAAGCUAGAGAAUAAGGUUGAUAUGAAAUUUGUGUAUGAGGGUUUCUGGGAAGUUGAAUCUCAAUAUCUGAAGCUUCGAUACUGGGAAAGGGAUUUCAAGCCUGAGCAACAGAAAUCUUCAAGUGCUUUUGUAUGGAUGUUAUUUCCAGGUCUUAGUAUUGAGUAUUGGAAAGAAGAUAUUCUUAUGUCCAUGGGUAGAGCAAUUGGUAGACCAAUUCAGAUUGAUUCCACAACUCUGAAGAGAGAAAUUGGUUACUAUGCUAGCAUUUUGGUGGAAGUUUAUCAUCACUAA